AUGAGCGAAGACGACUCUGAGACAUGUGGCCACCAUUGGUCCGGUCAGGAGCAGCCCGGCACCGGCCGGGCCCGGGUGCAGAUAGAGACGAGCUGUGGUGUAGGGAUCUUGUUAGAUGCUAACCCCAGUCUUUCUGUUUGUUUUCUAGUUUUAUGUGCCAAGAACCUUGCAAAGAAAGACUUCUUCAGACUGCCAGACCCUUUCGCAAAGAUCGUCGUGGAUGGCUCCGGGCAGUGCCACUCAACCGACACUGUGAAAAACACCUUGGACCCCAAGUGGAACCAGCACUACGACCUGUAUGUUGGGAAGACGGACUCUCUAACCAUCAGCGUGUGGAACCACAAGAAGAUCCACAAGAAACAGGGCGCUGGCUUCCUGGGCUGUGUGCGGCUGCUCUCCAAUGCUAUCAGCAGGUUAAAAGACACUGGAUACCAGCGUUUGGAUCUAUGCAAACUAAAUCCCUCAGAUACUGAUGCAGUUCGCGGCCAAAUAGUGGUUAGUUUACAGACACGAGACAGAAGCGGCACAGGCGGUGGCUCUGUGGUGGACUGCAGAGGACUGUUGGACAAUGAAGGAACAGUCUACGAGGACUCGGGCCCAGGGCGGCCACUUAGCUGCUUCCUGGAGGAGCCGGCCCCGUACACAGACGGCCCGGGUGCUGCUGCAGGGGGAGGCACCUGCGGCUUUGCCGAGUCCCCGAGCCACGAGCAGAGGCUUCAGGUGCAGCGGCUACGGAAUCCCGAGGUCCGAGGGUCUCUGCAGACGCCGCAGAACCGCCCGCAUGGCCACCAGUCCCCUGAGCUGCCUGAGGGCUACGAACAAAGAACCACUGUCCAGGGGCAAGUUUACUUUUUGCACACGCAGACGGGUGUGAGCACCUGGCACGACCCCAGGAUACCCAGAGACCUUAACAGCGUGAACUGUGACGAGCUGGGGCCCCUGCCGCCCGGCUGGGAAGUCAGGAGUACUGUCUCCGGGAGGAUAUACUUUGUGGACCACAACAACCGGACCACCCAGUUUACAGACCCGAGGCUGCACCACAUCAUGAAUCACCAGUGCCAACUGAAAGAGCCCAGCCAGCCGCUGCCGCUGCCCAGUGAGGGCUCCUUGGAGGACGAGGAGCUGCCGGCCCAGCGAUAUGAGCGGGACCUGGUCCAGAAACUCAAAGUCCUCAGACACGAGCUCUCCCUGCAGCAACCCCAGGCCGGCCACUGCCGCAUCGAGGUCUCCCGGGAAGAAAUCUUUGAGGAGUCCUAUCGCCAGAUCAUGAAGAUGCGGCCAAAGGACUUGAAGAAGCGGCUGAUGGUGAAGUUCCGUGGGGAAGAAGGCUUGGACUAUGGUGGAGUGGCCAGGGAGUGGCUUUACUUGCUGUGCCACGAGAUGCUGAAUCCGUACUACGGCCUCUUCCAGUAUUCCACUGAUAACAUCUACACACUGCAGAUCAACCCGGACUCUGCCAUCAACCCUGACCAUCUGUCCUACUUCCACUUCGUGGGCCGGAUCAUGGGCCUGGCUGUAUUCCACGGGCACUACAUCAAUGGCGGCUUCACAGUGCCCUUCUACAAGCAGCUCCUGGGGAAGCCCAUUCAGCUCUCGGACCUGGAGUCGGUGGACCCCGAGCUGCACAAGAGCCUCGUGUGGAUCCUGGAGAACGACAUCACACCUGUGCUGGACCACACCUUCUGCGUGGAGCACAACGCCUUCGGCCGGCUCCUCCAGCAUGAGCUGAAGCCCAAUGGCAGGAAUGUCCCUGUCACGGAGGAGAACAAGAAGGAAUAUGUCCGGCUGUAUGUGAACUGGCGCUUCAUGAGAGGCAUCGAAGCCCAGUUCCUGGCUCUGCAGAAGGGGUUCAAUGAGCUCAUCCCCCAACACUUACUGAAGCCCUUUGACCAGAAGGAGCUGGAGCUCAUCAUUGGCGGCCUGGACAAGAUCGACCUGGGCGACUGGAAGUCCAACACACGCCUCAAGCACUGCGUGGCCGACAGCAGCGUCGUGCGCUGGUUCUGGCAGGCCGUGGAGGCCUUCGACGAGGAGCGCCGCGCCCGGCUCCUGCAGUUUGUCACCGGCUCCACUCGAGUGCCGCUGCAGGGCUUCAAGGCCCUACAAGGCGCGGCAGGGCCCCGGCUCUUCACCAUCCACCUGAUUGACGCAAACACGGACAACCUGCCCAAGGCCCACACCUGCUUUAACCGCAUCGACAUCCCGCCAUACGAGUCCUACGAGAAGCUGUACGAGAAGCUGCUGACGGCCGUGGAGGAGACCUGUGGCUUCGCAGUGGAGUGAGAGCGGCUCAGCGCUCGGGCCCGCCGGCCUGCAUGCAAGCUGCGCUCGCUCGUGCUGGGGAAGGGGCGGUCCCCCUCUUUCUCCGCUCUGACGAUACCCCCACCCUCCAUCACCCAUCCAAUAAAGGCAGCCAGGGUCACACAGGAAGGUCCGUGCUGAUGGGGACGGCGUCUGACUGAAGGAGCCCCGCCCCACAGGGGCUGCGGGCUGUGCGUUCCGCUGUGCAGAGAAGAACCACCUGUCCUUUCCAGACUCCUCUCUGCCACAUCGCCCAGUGAACAGACCGAACCGCCUUAGAGCCCCGGCCGGCCAUCUGCCACUGCGCCACUUACUUGAAAUCCUCGCACUGUGUUCUCGCUGCCGGCUCGGUGAGAACUGAGCCCGAGGACGUCCCCACCUGAGGGGACUGGGCAGAUGCCGUUGGUCAGUGCACCCAAGUCCGGCGGCUCCAGCACGAGGAUGUGUUGCCGGCACCGUGUCCAAGACGAACUCUGGGCUCCGUGCUGGUCGGAGGCAGGCAGCUGCUCUUCCCGGGCUGCUCCCUUUCCGCCAGGCCGGCUCGCAGGCCUCUGGGCAGCUCUGCACGAGGGGCCCUGGGACUGGCUCCAGCUUCCCUGGGCAUCUGCCUCUGGAGAAAGAAGAACCAUCAGAGACCAGGCCGACUCUUCAGACGGCGGGGCCACCAAGAAGGAAACCAGGGUCUGAGGGGCUUCAAGUAGGAGGGUGUCCUUUGAUGCCCAGGAAACUGCGGGAGGGCUUGGGACUUGGGCUCAGGACUCCGGGGCCCUGUGCGUCUGCACCGUCUAGACUCCAUGACCUACCCAAAGAACCAGCGUGGCAGACAGCUCCUCCGAGUGGCCCCAGCCCACACUCAGGGACAGCAGAACACCCUCCACAGUGCCCCCUGCAGGACAGACAGCAGCGCCCAGAGGCUGCGUCCAGGGAGCAGGCUUGCCUCCGCGCCCACUGUCCACAUUCCCGCCGGCGGGUCUCCACCCGAGGUAUCAGCAAGGGCCCCUGCAGAGGAUGCCCGCCCAACAGAGUAUGGAUUUUUAAGAUUGGUUUAUUUUUGUUUAUCAACCACUUUAUAAUGUAUUUUUUAAUUUAUUUUGUAAUGUCUUGUUUUGAAGUAUUGCUGCUAUCCUUGUUACUCUUCCCACCAUUUUUAUUGCUGAUUUAUUUUGUGAAAGGUGUACACUAAUAUUCUGUUUUAUGUCAAAAUCAAAACUAUUUUAAAAAAAUGCUAGUUCUAUUUAAUGUGGUCAUGGAACCAGCUGGAAACACACACACACCCCGCAGCAGGUGGCGGCGGCCAGGUUCAUUUUGUUACAUAUGCAAUAAACUCACCUUUGUA